AUGAUCUCCGCCAUAUGGCGGACGAAAACUCAGCACGUUUUCACCGGAAUCGAAGGAGAUUGCCUCGAAAACAGUGUCAGCAUGAAUCCUUCAGUAAAGCAAACCGACAACUGGGCAAGAGGAAUCCGCCGUCGUCUUCUGGUGGAACCGACCUUCGAAUCUUUUCAUCCAAUACUUUCACUCGAAAUAGUAGUAAACUCAACGAGUUAUUUUUAUCCUGGAAGUGUUCUGAACUCGUAUUCGCAACUUGGUUAUGUUGUCAAGGCGACAAAGUUGAACGCACCUUGCCCAAAUUCCUCUGCUAUAGUAGUUAUGAUUAUUCUUAAUGUUGAUCCGUGGACUUGCAUUGUUGACUCGACAACUGUCAAUGAAAAUGCUUUGCCACCCCCGUAUCGGCACCCAGGUACCAUACAGGUGGUUCGUGACUGGCGGGCUCGAUCCGACUCUCCAGGUGCCGUCUGCCAGCCAGAGACUGGUAAAUGCGUCUGCCCAACCGGUUGGGCCGGCAUUUUCUGCACAGAGAUGCGCGGUGAAGUAAUUCCCGGAUCUUGGACGGCCUGGUCAAAUUGCAAGCCGGAAUGCUACUGGCCGAGAUCAAGCAUGGCCUGGAAGGGGCAGAAGGGGGCCGCGAGAGCAGGUGGAUUGCGAUCGAGGGUUGGCCGAAUGAGUCGCAAGGCUCAGUGCAAUAGUCCAGACAGCUCCAACUUCUGCUCAGGGCAACUGAAGACCUGGAGCCUCUGUCAUGUGAAGAAGCCAUGCAGAUCGCGAAACGAUGCAUUCGAUCAUGCUUCCAUUGGGCCCGAACAGAGUCAAUUUGCCGAGGUGUCGCUGCAGCAGGAGGCGGUGAGCUAA